AGUUAGUUGUCGGGAGUCAAAAGUUCCGAUGAGAUUGUUAAUUGUAUUGAGUGCUUGUGUGGCGCUUGCCUCGGCAGGCUACGGCGGCAAUGCUGGAGCCAGUUCGUCGGCCUCCGCGUCUGCUACUGCAAGCAGUGGAGCUGGCCUAAGUAGCGGCGGUGCCCAUGGCGGACCCUUUGGGGGCGGCGGCAAACAUGGAGGCGGCCACGGCGGUGGCGGCGGCGGUGGCUUGGAUCUUGGCCUGGGAGGCGGCUUAGGCCUUGGCGGCGGACUGGAUUUGGGUAGUGCGAAUGCAGGCGCAUCUUCAUCAGUUGGCGGCGGCGGCUUAGGUGGCGGCUACGCUGGUGGUGCCGGAGGAGGCGGUGGCCACAAAGGCGGCGCUUUCGGUGGCUCUCAUGCUGGUGGAUUAGGUGGCGGCCACGGCGGCGGAGACGCACUUGGCGGUGGCGGAUAUGCAGGUGGUCUUGGCGGCGCAGGUCAUGGCUUAGGUGGCGGCAGUGCUAGCUCUGGAGCAGCCUCUUCUGCUGGUGGCGCCGGAGCUGGUGGAUUUGGAGGUGGCGGCCACGGCGGCGACCCACAGCCGGUUAUGACCCGUCCUCUCGGCGGCGCAGCGUACUACACGCAGUCAGCAACUGGUACUUGGCGAGACGCCAGGAACACGGCCAUCAGAGGCGGACACGGCGGCGGAGGCCUAGGAGGAGGACACGGCGGCGGACUGGGAGGUGGUCUAGGAGGAGGGCAUGGCGGCGGAUUGGGUGGCGGUCUGGGAGGCGGACAUGGCGGUGGACUGGGUCUGGGCCUAGGAGGAGGUCUCGGCGGUGGCUUGUCACUUGGAGGCGGAGGCGGCGGCGGAUUCGGUGGCGGUCACAAAGGCGGUUACGGAAGUGGAGGCCUGGGAGGCGGUCAUGGAGGUGGCCCAUUCGGUGGCGGUCUCGGAGGCGGCGGCCAUGGAGGCGGCGGUCAUGGUGGUGGCGGACAUGGAGGCGGCGGUUACGGCAAGCCAGGAGGUGGAUACGGCAGUGCUGGCGCCAGUUCCUCGGCAUCCGCAACAGCGUCAGCUAGCUCCUCAGCCGGCGGCUAUGGUCGUUAAUUAAGCUAAAAGAUUCGACUGCCCAACGUAAGAGUAUUUCGAAAUUCAAAAACAAAAUUUGUAUUUAAUUUUUUGCAAUAAAACAAGAUUUUUUAUAAAAUAAAA